CAAGAAUUGUGUGGCUUUUCAUCAAAAUCUCACAAUAACGAGAUUAGAAAGAAGAAGAAAAGCCCAAUUAUCCAUGCAAUGGCUAUCUUAAUCUCUCUUCUCUUCUUGGCCAUUGCAUUUGUAAUCUUUGCCACUCUCAAUGCAGGUCGAGCAGCAAAGAAAUCCAAUGAACUACCUUCUCCAUCCAAGCUUCCUAUCAUCGGUAACCUCCACCAGUUAGGUAGUCCUGGUUCAUUACUCCACCAUUCUCUACAAUCACUCUCCAACAAAUACGGCCCACUGAUGCUGCUCCACUUGGGGAACAUCCCUACUCUCGUGGUUUCCUCAGCUGAAAUGGCUGAAGAGAUCUUGAAAAACCAUGAUCUUGCUUUUGCAGGCCGACCUUUGCCUAGUUCCAAAGGAGCUAGGCAGAUUAUCUAUGGCUGCACUGACAUUGCCUUCGCACCUUAUGGUGAGUAUUGGAGGCAAGCCAGGAAAAUUUGCGUUAGCAAUCUUUUGAGUCUUAAGAGAGUGCAGUCAUUUCAGUUAAUUAGGGAAGAAGAAGUUGGGAAUAUGAUUGAGGAGAUUAAAAGUUCAUGUUCUGUUGAUGUGUCUGAGAUGUUGCUUUCGUUAACGAGUGGAAUACUUUCAAGGAUUGCUUUAGGGAAGAAGUAUGUAGAAGUGAAGGAUCUAGCUAGGGAAAUGGAAUUUCUCUUGGGAUCUUUCAGCGCGGGAAAUUUUAUCCCGUGGUUGGGAUGGAUAGAUGUCUUGAACGGCUUGGAGGCAAGAUUAAAAAGGUUUUCUCAUUGCAUGGAUGCUUUUCUUGAUCAAGUGAUCGAUGACCAUCUCAUCAGCAAAACCAAUGGUGAUGAAAAUGAUAAUGAGCAGAACCUUGUGGAUGUAUUGCUUCACCUUCAGAAGGAUACCAAUGCUGACUUACAUCUCACCAAAGAUAAUCUCAAAGCUAUCAUCUUGGACAUGUUCAUUGCAGGAAUCGGGUCCACAGCGGUUGCAUUGGAAUGGACCUUGGCAGAGCUGGUGAAGAAUCCCCGUAUUAUGGAGAAAGCUAAAGAAGAGAUAAGAAGAGUUAUUGGGAUAAAAGAAAAGGUGGAAGAAGACGACCUUGUUCAGAUGGACUACUUGAAAUCUAUAAUUAAAGAGACUCUACGGUUCCACCCACCUGGACCCUUGUUAGUUCCACAUGAAUCCACAACAAGCGUGAGAAUACAAGGCUGUCAUAUCUCUCCAAAAACAAGAGUCUUAAUCAAUGCAUGGGCCAUUGGAAGGGACCCCAGAUCUUGGGAAAAUCCUGAUGAGUUCAUCCCCGAGAGAUUUGCCAACAACCCUAUCGAUUUCAAAGGUCAGGAUUUUCAAUUUAUACCUUUUGGAGCUGGAAGGAGGAUUUGUCCUGGAAUUUCAUUUGCCACCAGCACUAUUGAACUUGCACUAGUCAAUCUUUUAUAUUGGUUUGACUGGGAAUUUCCUAGUGGCACACGUGCUGAGGAUGUAGACAUGAGUGAAGCCUCAGGGAUUGUUGCUCACAGGAAAUUUCCUAUUCAUCUGGUUCCAACCAUGGUUAAAAGAUCCGGUGACUUGGACUCAGCUUAGUCA